AUGAACUCCGUCAUCCUUGUUAUCUUCACUUGUUGUUGCGUUAUUGUAAACGGGUUUACGGUGUACGGUAAGUGAGAUAUGUUUUUUAAAAAAAUAUUGAUUUACAAAGCAAGUUUAGUAUGGUAUACUUGUAAAAACGUAUUGUAAAACACGGCUAUUGGUGGGGGGUUUGGUGAUUUUCAGUGUUCAUCUGCACACAUUUUUAUACACAUUAUAAAGUUUUAAAAGUCAUAAGCUAUACUAACAUAUAAUACAUUAAAAAGAAAUUUCAGACCGCCGAAAGCCUCAAGAUGACUUAAACCCUCAACUAUGGGCUUCACAUUCGGAAGCCUUUAAUCAUCCUCUAGAAUUCCAUCAACAUAAACCUACUCAAGCCGUCGCUGCCUUACCUCAACUGUUAGAAGAGAAUCCUCGAGCUGAAGGAGUUUUUAAAACCUUGAGUUCUUUGCCAAUCCUCAAUUUAAAAUUCAAUGGAACGAAAAGGUAA